AUCGGAAGAUUCUGCUUCCGAGCCACCCCUGGUCUCCGGGCGGGGAGGCGUGACGGGGCAAGGCUGGGCCUGUGGAGGCGCGCAGCGUCCGCUGAGCUCUAGGGGCAAUUCAGGCCGCGGCCUGUCAAAGCCAAGUCAGGGAGGCGCCCACCCUCCUGACAGGAUAAAAUGGCGGCGAUGGCGCCUGGAGGUGGCAGCGGUGGUGGCGGCGUGAAUCCAUUCCUCAGCGAUUCGGACGAGGAUGACGACGAGGUAGUGGCGACUGAGGAGCGGCGGUCAGGACUUCGCUUGGGUUCCGGGGGUGGCCUGGAUCCUGGCUCUGUGGGCUCGCUGUCGCCACAGGAUCCCGUGGCUUUAGGGAGCAGUGCGCGGCCAGGGCUCCCUGGAGAGGCGGCUGCGGCGGCCCUGGGGGGCUCUGGGGAGACCCCGGCCCGACUGUCCAUUGAUGCGAUCGCGGCUCAGCUGUUGCGCGAUCAGUACUUGCUGACGGCCCUCGAGCUGCACACCGAGCUGUUAGAGAGCGGCCGUGAGCUGCCUCGGCUGCGCGACUACUUCUCCAACCCGGGCAACUUCGAGAGGCAGAGCGGGACCCCGCCUGGGGUGGGAGCGCCUUGCUUCCCGGGAGCAGCCGGCGUAGGAGGCGCUGGAGGCCGGGAGCCGAGUACCACGUCGGGCGGGGGACAGCUCAAUCGAGCUGGGAGCAUCAGUACCCUUGAUUCCUUAGACUUUGCAAGAUAUUCAGAUGAUGGUAACAGGGAAACUGAUGAGAGAGUGGCAGUCCUGGAGUUUGAACUACGGAAAGCCAAGGAGACCAUUCAGGCCCUCCGAGCAAACCUAACAAAGGCUGCAGAAAAUGAAGUUCCUUUACAGGAACGAAAAAAUUACAAAUCAAGUCCUGAAAUUCAGGAGCCAAUCAAACCUCUUGAAAAGAGAGCUCUAAACUUCCUAGUCAAUGAAUUUUUACUGAAGAAUAAUUAUAAGCUUACAUCUAUAACCUUUUCCGAUGAAAAUGAUGAUCAGGAUGUUGAGAAACUUAGAUGGAUCUGCAAGUUACAAGAAGAAUAUUGGAUGGUGGAAAAUGAUUUUGAAUUGUGGGAUGAUGUAGGAUUAAACAUUCCCAAACCUCCAGACUUGCUGCAACUCUACCGCGAUUUCGGAAAUCAUCAAGUGUCUGGGAAAGAUCUUGUGGAUGUAGCCAGUGGAGUAGAAGAAGAUGAAUUAGAGGCUCUUACACCAAUUUUAGGCAACGCUCCUCCAACCUUUGCAACUCCUCAGCCUGUAGAGAACUCCUUGCUAGUCCAGAAAUUAGAAGAUACGAUUAGUUUAUUAAAUAGUGAAAAAUGGUCCUUGAUGGAGCAAAUCAGAAGACUUGAAAGUGAAAUGGACAUCCUCAAAAAUGAACACUUUGCCAUCCCAGUGGUUUGUGACUCUGUUCAGCCUCCUUUGGAUCAGUCUUCCCACAAGGACUCUGAAGACAGUGGACAGAAUUCAGUUGUAAACAGUUCAGAGAAGGGAAAAAGCAAGGAUAUUCAACUUUCAAUAUCAGAUGAAGUUGACUCCACUAUUCCUAAAGAAAAUUCCUUAAAUUCUUUCCCCAGGAGGGAAAGGGAAGGAAUGCCAUCUUCUUCUCCACCAAGUAAAAACGCAGUUCACUUCGAUAAACCCAAUAGGAAAUUGUCACCUGCUUUCCACCAAGCACUACUCUCUUUUUGUCGAAUGUCAGCAGAUAGUCGUUUAGGAUCAGAGGUAUCUCGGAUCGCAGACAGUGAAAAGAAUGUCAUGCUAAUGCUGGGGCGCUGCCUGCCACACAUUGUUCCUAAUGUGCUGCUGGCAAAGAGAGAGGAGUUGAUCCCCCUCAUAUUGUGUACAGCAUGUCUGCAUCCUGAGCCUAAAGAAAGAGAUCAGCUUCUCCACAUACUUUUCAAUUUGAUCAAGAGGCCAGAUGAUGAACAAAGGCAAAUGAUAUUAACAGGUUGUGUGGCGUUUGCACGUCAUGUUGGACCCACACGUGUAGAAGCCGAGCUUUUACCACAGUGUUGGGAGCAGAUUAAUCACAAGUACCCAGAAAGACGACUACUGGUGGCUGAAUCGUGUGGAGCAUUAGCACCUUACCUUCCUAAAGAAAUCCGUAGCUCCUUGGUUCUUUCAAUGUUGCAACAGAUGUUAAUGGAAGAUAAGGCAGAUUUGGUAAGGGAAGCUGUGAUCAAAAGCCUUGGUAUCAUUAUGGGAUACAUUGAUGAUCCAGACAAAUAUCAACAGGGUUUUGAAUUGUUGCUCUCAGCCUUAGGUGAUCCCUCAGAAAGAGUAGUUAGCGCAACACACCAAGUAUUUCUACCAGCUUAUGCUGCCUGGACUACAGAACUUGGAAAUUUACAGUCUCAUCUUAUACCUACACUACUGAAUAAGAUUGAAAAACUUCUCAGGGAAGGAGAGCACGGGCUGGAUGAACAUAAGCUCCACAUGUAUCUUUCUGCUUUGCAGUCCUUGAUCCCUUCACUCUUUGCACUAGUGCUACAGAAUGCACCUUUCGCCAGCAAAGCCAAGCUUCAUGGUGAAGUGCCACAGAUAGAAGUGACUAGGUUCCCCCGGCCUAUGUCACCUCUUCAAGAUGUAUCUACUAUUAUUGGAAGUCGUGAGCAAUUGGCAGUGCUACUACAACUUUAUGAUUACCAGUUGGAGCACGAGGGUACAACAGGCUGGGAGAGUUUACUAUGGGUUGUCAAUCAAUUGUUGCCACAACUUAUAGAAAUAGUUGGCAAAAUUAAUGUUACUUCAACUGCCUGUGUCCAUGAAUUCUCCAGAUUUUUCUGGCGCCUUUGCCGGACGUUUGGCAAAAUUUUUACAAACACUAAGGUAAAACCUCAAUUCCAGGAGAUUUUAAGACUGUCUGAAGAAAACAUUGAUUCCUCAGCAGGAAAUGGAGUCCUCACUAAAGCCACAGUCCCCAUUUAUGCAACAGGAGUCCUUACAUGUUAUAUUCAGGAAGAAGAUCGAAAACUGUUAGUUGGAUUCUUAGAAGAUGUAAUGACUCUGCUUUCAUUAUCUCAUGCUCCUCUUGAUAGCCUGAAGGCUUCUUUUGUGGAACUGGGUGCAAAUCCUGCCUACCAUGAGUUACUGUUAACGGUUUUGUGGUAUGGUGUUGUCCAUACUUCAGCACUUGUGAGGUGUACUGCUGCUAGAAUGUUUGAGCUGACUCUUCGAGGCAUGAGUGAAGCGUUAGUUGACAAGCGGGUUGCUCCGGCCCUUGUUACCUUGUCCAGUGAUCCAGAAUUCUCUGUCAGGAUUGCUACAAUUCCGGCCUUUGGCACUAUUAUGGAAACAGUUAUUCAAAGAGAGUUGCUGGAAAGAGUGAAAAUGCAGCUGGCUUCUUUCCUGGAAGAUCCUCAGUAUCAAGACCAGCAUUCUUUGCAUACAGAGAUCAUAAAAACAUUUGGUAGAGUUGGGCCUAAUGCUGAACCCAGGUUCCGAGAUGAGUUUGUUAUACCACAUUUGCAUAAGUUAGCCUUGGUGAACAACUUACAAAUCGUGGAUUCUAAAAGACUGGAUAUUGCUACCCAUCUUUUUGAAGCCUACAGUGCACUUUCCUGUUGUUUCAUUUCAGAAGAUUUAAUGGUUAAUCACUUUUUACCUGGUCUUAGAUGUUUACGCACUGACAUGGAACACCUUUCUCCAGAACAUGAGGUUAUUUUAAGUUCUAUGAUAAAAGAAUGUGAACAAAAAGUAGAGAACAAGACCGUCCAAGAGCCUCAAGGCUCAAUGUCAAUUGCUGCAAGCUUAGUGAGUGAAGAUACAAAGACCAAGUUUUUGAACAAAAUGGGCCAGUUGACAACAUCAGGUGCCAUGUUGGCCAAUGUGUUUCAGAGAAAGAAGUAAAAGCAGGAAGGAAACCUCCAGUAAACACUAAGAUGGACCUCAAGCAGACUGGUUCCAUGUACUUGAAGUACUUGCCUUUUUAUUUCUUCUGUUUUAUGUUCUUGCAUUAUAAUUUUAUCCUAAUCUCCAAAGAUAUUUGCACUGCUAUUGAUUAUUCCUGUAUAUGUGUUAAUUUGGGUUAUAACUGUGGUGAUAGAAAAUGGAGUUGAUAGUCUGUACCAAGUCCCUCUUCUGUGUUCUUGUCUUUCAGGAUAAUUUUAUAUAUAUAUAUAUAUAUAGUGAAGAGUUUUUGUUUUGUUUUGUUUUUAUUUUUGGAUGGGAUAUUAGCAAAUAUCUGUAUUAUACACUGAGCUAUUACAAUGGUACUUAAAAUAAUGUAAAUCGGAAGUCAUUGUUAUAAAGUAAUAAAAGUGGAGAUUACUUAAGUAUUUAAAUUAUGAAAGAAUAAUGCAGACUUUUUAUUGUUUCUUAACUGACUAGAAAGAGCCACCAGCAUUACUCUGUGCCUUUUGGACUUCAGUUUGUGUGUUCUGUAGGAUUGUGUGCAUUCCUUUCACGCAGUAUUUCUUUAUGAAGCUGUGAUGAAUUUGAGUUACAAAUCCUACAGCAAAUAGAUAAUGAUGAAACUUUCAACAUUUCAGAGCUCUCAUGAAUAUUCUUUAAGUGCUAUUUAAACCUCCCCAGCACUUACAUGCAUGUAAUGGACUUAACCUGAGGAAAGAUCACACAUAAACACUGGGAGUGUAACCAAGGUGAAUUUUACAAAGUGCUGUGUAGUAUAUUUAAAUGCUCCAGAAUAAGUGUAAUUGAGAAGAGCUAGUAAUUGUGAAAAUUUUCCCAAAUUGAAAUACAGAAGAAAAUAUGUUUUGAGCCUGAAAUUUAACAGUUAUUUAUGUGAAGUACUUUAUUUAAGACAUUAUCUUCUAAUGAUUUUAAUCUCAGAUACUAUCUUGCCAUUCUGUGUGUUACGGAGAAGUGCUGACAAGUUAAGGACAUUGGGAGCUGCUUUUUUCCCCUAAAUAAAAAUGGCAUUGGCUAGAUUAUUAUUGGUUGGUUCCCACAUCGGUUGGUUCCCACAUCACCCAUUAAAGUUGGUAAUUAUUACCGUGUUUGAUAUAUGUAUAUUAGUCUUAAGUCAGUGUACAAAUUGCACUGGAAUUUGACAGUUGUCUAUACAGUACUGCAACUUGACAUGGAAAACAGUGGUCUUGGAAAUGGAAGCAGGGAGUCGACUGACUUGAGAGGUUAAUGUGAGGCCUUUUUGAAAGAUGAAUAUUUUGAUAAAGAGAAUUGUCUAUUGAGCACAGUUGAUGCACAAAGGUGAUUUCUCCUAUUUGUUAUAUAAGCUGGUUUAAUACACUUGAAACAUAGUUGAAUUACAUUCACUUCCUGAGAAAGCUCGCUUACUACACACUCAAGCUUAUCAAAUAAUUUUGCCACAGCCAAAGCCAUUUAAAAAGUUCAUUCUGAAAUUACUUCUUUCACCUACAGUAAAAUAAUUGCUAACUCACUAGUCUUUCUGGAAACUGUUGGAUUCUAGGCAUUCCUGAGAAAUUAAAAGUGGCUACCUUUCAUGUCAAAAAUGUUGAUCUAUUAUAAAUAAAAUGUUUUGCAUA